AGGACUGGAUUAUUAGUGCUGGAAGUCAACUCCACAAGUCUACUGGCUUUUACCUUUACUCUCCGAGACUAAUGAGAUGUGCAGAGCCACAGAUUUGAAACCUGUGGAUUCUAAACCUUGAACUUCCAUCCUGUAUUACCUUUGUGGCUGAUUUAUUAUUAGACUGGGAGAUAAUUCUUCUUUCGGGCUCGAUUUCGGGGAGCCACCGCAAAGAUCACGGCAGGAAGGCGGGUAACUGAGAAAGGUGAACAGAAAUAGCGUGAAGACAGUUGUAGAGACAUGUCUCUGGAGUGCUACAAACAAUGACAGCUUGCGAGGUUGUGAAUGUAGCAGACAGUGGGACGUAGGCAGCCUCGGAUGAAGACAGGAAGAACUUUUGUGGUGCUGGGGAAUUAUGUUGGUGUUCUUCAAAGAAGAGUGGGAGAUGGAGGGCUUGCAGACAUUCGGCAUUCUGUUGGUGGUCUGCAGCUCCCUCAGACUUCUGCACUUUUUGGGCUUAAUUGAUUUUGCAACUAGAGGUAACACUCCCAGCCAAAGCAAAAAAAGUAUUAAACAGCGGUUCCUCAAGCUGCUGUCCUGCUGUGGGCCCAGUGCCACUCCCUCAGUCAGUCAAUGCAACAUCGAGGAUGAUUUUGAACUCUCAACCGUGUGCCAUCGGCCUGAGGGUCUGGAAAAACUGCAGGAGCAAACCAAGUUCACCAAGAAAGAGCUGCAAGUGCUCUACAGGGGCUUUAAAAACGAAUGUCCCAGCGGCGUUGUGAAUGAGGACACUUUUAAGGUUAUCUACUCCCAGUUCUUCCCACAAGGGGAUUCAAGUAUGUAUGCACAUUUCCUUUUCGAGGCAUUCGACACUAACAAGAACGGAUCUGUUAGUUUUGAGGACUUCGUCAUCGGCCUAUCCAUCAUCCUCAGGGGGACGAUAAUCGAUCGGCUCAACUGGGCAUUCAACCUGUACGAUCUCAACAAAGAUGGGUGUAUCACCAAAGAGGAAAUGUUAGACAUCAUGAAGUCAAUCUAUGACAUGAUGGGGAAGUAUACGUAUCCCUGCAUGCAAGAGGACGCUCCUAGAGAGCAUGUGGAGAGCUUCUUUCAGAAAAUGGACCGUAACAAUGAUGGCGUGGUCACCAUCGAUGAGUUCAUUGAGUCAUGCCAAAAGGACGAAAACAUCAUGCAGUCCAUGCAGCUGUUUGACAACGUCAUUUAGGGCCACGCCCAGCUGAAGAGGAGCUUGAGAGACGUGACCAAGACCUUCAAACUGGUCAACCAGAAGCUACUUCCUCCUCCAUAUCCCCUCUUCUUCACCCAGCCAGAGGACCGCCAUCAUUCUGUUUCUUUCUUUCUCCCAGAGACAUAGUGGAAGAUGAUGCACCAGGGGCAGGGGCUGGCUUCUAGAUCCACUUCGAUAACUUGUUUUUCCUAACAUCCAUGAAAGCAUUAAACAUAUUACUGUAGCUGGACUCAGGAUGAAGCCAGCUUGACAUGAUUCACAUGUAACUCGGAGGAACACGAAGUGACCAUAGAAGCGAAAGAAACUGGCCAACAUCUAGCUAAUUUAUGGCCGAUGAUGAUGGUGGUGUUUUUUUUUGUUUGUUUGUUUGUUU